GGAAAGCGCGUGUUCCGGGCGGUCGCACAUGGAUAUCCCUCAGCAACGACUCGCCCAAACACCAAUUGCUUGCCCGCGCUGCCACGUCCCUCGUCUCGUAGACACCGUUCUACGAACUAACCCAGUUGUAUUAACUAUUUACUCUGUAACCAGACUCCGAGUCGCAAAAUAGACCUCCUUAGAAGAUUAUCCAUCAGAAUACCCGGAAAGACACAAUGUCUCACGGUUCCUAUUCAUCUUAUUCACAAUCCAUGAUGACCGAAGACGAAGAGGACUACGAGGACUACGUCAAGGGAGGCUAUCAUCCCGUCCACAUUGGCGAUACUUUUUCCGACGGUAGAUACAUUGUCGUCAGAAAACUCGGCUGGGGCCAUUUCUCCACGGUUUGGCUAGCCAAAGAUACGAAGACGAACCGUCAUGUCGCCCUUAAAGUCGUAAAGUCCGCUCCCAGGUACACGGAAACCGCACUUGACGAGAUCAAACUUCUACAACGAUUGAUCACUUCCUCGACACCAUCCAUAGAACCAACACCACAAAAUCCAAACCCUCCAUUAUCUCCAUCUCAAACUCAUCCGGGCAGAUCGCACGUCAUAUCUUUCCUUGAUCACUUCAAACACAAGGGUCCCAAUGGUACCCAUGUCUGCAUGGUUUUUGAGGUACUUGGCGAGAACCUCUUGGGUCUUAUCAAGCGACACCAGAACAAAGGAGUCCCAAUGCAUCUGGUGAAGCAGAUAGCUAAACAGGUCUUACUAGGGCUCGAUUACAUGCACCGCUGGUGUGGGGUUAUACACACAGAUCUGAAACCAGAAAACGUUCUCAUUUGUAUCGAUGACGUUGAAUCCAUCAUCCAAGCCGAGCUGGCUGCCUCAGCAAAUGCUCCCUCCCAAGGCCCGCGACUUAUUGGCGUGCCUCCUUCGAAAGGUCGAGGUGGCAACCAGACACCACGUUCAGAAUCAGUUUUCAUAACCGGUUCUCAGCCACUCCCAUCACCUUCCUCUUCUUUCGGCACCAGCCCGAUGCUCGACAAACUCUCGUUCGGAAUGAGCAGGAUAGACGGCGAGGCAACUUCCAAACCUGGUUCUUACGGCUCGAGUUCCAUAGCUAAAGAUGGUUCCUCAGCGUCACCAUUCGGUCCUCUGGACAAGAGAGCCGAUUCGACGGACAUCGCGGCGGAACGCAUAUCCAACGUAUCGUUGGAUCCGGGAUUCAGCAAAAUGUCGACACCACACCCGGCUCACCCCCCAGGGCCGUCGCUACUGACUCAGAUGGCGCCACCACCAGGAACGUCAGUCCCCCCCUCAUCGUCAACUACCCAGCCCAUACAACCCCAUAAAACCAAAGUUGCCCCUCUGGGGGAUAUGGGCCCUGUAGAUCCUAAGCUGUCCACGUCGAUGAUGUCAGUCGAUUCUGCGAAGCAGAGUAUGGCCUCCUCCGUGUCCAGCGCUCUCGAAGGCAUGGAGAAAAUUACGGUUAAGAUUGCAGAUCUCGGAAAUGCCACGUGGGUAGAACACCACUUCACGGACGAUAUCCAAACGAGGCAAUAUCGCAGUCCCGAAGUUAUCCUUGGUGCGAAGUGGGGAACCAGCGCGGACAUUUGGAGCGUCGCUUGCGUGAUCUUUGAGCUCAUCACCGGCGGCGAUUACUUGUUUGACCCAGCGUCGGGUACACGGUACAGCAAAGAUGACGACCAUAUCGCUCAAAUCAUGGAACUCAUGGGCGAGUUCCCGAGGUCGUUCGCUCUUUCGGGCAAAUACAGCCCCGAGUUUUUCAAUCGAAAGUGUGAACUCCGGCAUAUCAACAAGCUCCGGUUCUGGCCGCUCGACGCAGUUCUGCAUGACAAGUACUUAUUUCCAAAGGAAGAAGCCGAUGCCAUCGCAGCAUUUUUGAACCCUAUGCUCCACUUAUCGCCUGACAAACGAGCCAAAGCAGGCGAUCUGGUUACCCAUUCGUGGUUGGAGGGGAUAGUGGUUCAGGGCGAGUUCGAUACGAUAAAGAGGAUCGACGAGGAGGAAUCUAGACGCAGGCGGUUGUUACACUCAUCGACUGGUCCAUCGUCAGGGAGUGGUGGGGACCACAGUAUCGAUGGUGGGAGUAGAGGUGGACUGCCCACAGUUGGGAAACCCGAGGUAGAUGCGAUGAAACCCGUCGAGGAAUCUGAACCUGGUAUCGAGGGUAGCGGGGACAAUGCCGAGGAGGAUAAACAAAAGUCGUCGACGCUGGGUCAACACCACCAGCCACCUAUUCUGUCUGCUCCACCAGUGCCCAUUCCUGGGUCAUCAAAGGAUCAUGCGAACCCGCCACAUCCAAGAAUAUGAGGACCCCCCUCCCGUUUCAUUCGCUCCCUUGAUGCUUUUUUUUCUUUCCCUAUACUCAUACCGUCUGGAUAGACCAACCUCCAGCCAACUAGGAUCUCUCUUCCUUCAUAUUACCCGGUGUAACUGGAUUCCCUUUCCAACUGCGUUCUAUCUUACUGCUUCAUCGCCAUUUCUUGGGCAGAGCAACUAUGGGCAUUUUCUAGAACUGUUUUCCUUCGCUGACCUGAUGGCCUCGACCUCGAAUCAUCACUGUGGUCACAAGUCCCAGCCAGUAUUACGUCACGUCCUUUGUGUGCGGUUCUUAUC